UUUCAAUGAUCACUUUGGAAUAAAAUGAUCACGAUUUUUUGACCAGCGUUAGUCAAGGGCAUUAAACUAAGAGGAAUCGAGUCAAAAUCCGCCCAGGUCACAACAACAUCGCUAAGUCGAUAAUUUUGUGGUAUCUUUGAAGGUUUAAAUAGCUUUAGAUCAAAGUAGAAACUCUUAUUCUUACUCCAGGUGAAGAUGGAUGAACAUGGAAGAUUAGAAUAUCAAGGUUCGUGCGAUUUCUGUUGUCGACCUCAACCGGAUGCAAUAAUCGAUGAUAUAAUUGGCUGUUUGGGGAAACAUUAGGUUUUCUUGUCUACUUUGCAUUUCUGCCCGAAAUUAUAGCCCCCGGGGGUGCUUUUGUCAGGCCAAACACUGAAUUGAUUUUAGAUUGUCGUGUUUAUAUUGACUUUGUGUUAGAGUUGGAAGCAUUGAUAUGACAUAUAGCAGUUAAAAAGUGUUUUUGAGGUGAUGAUGAUGAUAAUGAUGAUGAUGAUAGAUCUUAUAUUUAGCUCGCACGCAUAUUCUGGAUAGUAUGUGUGGGCUGGAAUGGUUUGUCCCUUCGCACAUAUGAUUAGUUGAUAACACGCAUCUAAUGGUUCGUAAUGAGAUGUGGACAUGAACGUCACUGACGUCUUCCAAAUGAUCUCAACAUCCAGAUCCAUUCUGUUCCAUCGUUACUCUUGUACAGAUUCACUGACUCACUCUGGCUAGCGGGUGAUAAAAAAACCUGAAGACUUUGCAUCAAACAUUAGUGAGCUCAUAUUCUUAACUGUUAAAUAGUAAGAUGAAUUUUAGUAAUUUUUCCAAUGGUUGCCCUCCUCAAAUUGAUUCAAGCCAGGAGUCAGCGCUCAAGAUAUCUGCUCUUUCAGUCAUUGGUGUGUUCAGCUUAUUGGGGAACUUACUGACGAUCGCAGUUGUAUACCGAGAAAAAUCUCUACACAAUACAGUAAAUUAUCUCAUCGUUAAUAUGGCACUAUCCGACCUUGUUACUCCAUUGGUUAUCAUCCCUCGUUUUCUGGUUGAGGUCGCUCAAGCUUCAAGCGCGUGGAAUAUCGAAGGCAAGACAGGGGUCGCUUUAUGCAAACUCUUUUACUUCACUGCCGAUCUUAGUCCAGCUGUUUCAAUCCUAAGUUUGAUCUGUAUCACCACGGAUCGUUUCUGCGCGAUCGUUUUCCCUCUUAAAACGGGUGUCAGUCAAAUCGCGCGAGCUCGGAUUUUUAUCGUGGCAGCAACUUGGGUCGUACCUAUUUUGAUCUUAGCGCCAUACUUUUAUGGGUUUAUACUAGUGAAAACUCAAACUGGACAAGACUUGUGCGUGUUACGAUGGAGCGAAAACGGAGAUGACCACCUCAAGGUACAAUAUGCUUUCACUACCGUUAUGUGUGUGCUGUUUAUCAUCGCUCCCUUUAUUGUGCUAGUAAUCAUGUACACUUUAAUCAUGGUUAGACUAUGGAAACAGGAUCGCAGUGCUAUGGCACUCAGCCAGUCCGCAAGAGAGCGCGUCAUGAGGUACCAAAAAACAAAAAAGGUCAUAUAUAUGGCUUUGUCUAUCGUCGUAGUCUUUGGUAUUUGUUGGGGUCCCUACAACGCCUACAUCUUUACUCUGACGUUUGUUUGGGAAUGGAAGACGAGUGCAAACUUCUGUGGGAUUGACAUCUUUCUUUUCGUAGCUCGCUUCAUAGCCUACUCCAAUCCGGCGCUUAACCCUAUCAUCUAUUUUAUCUUCAUCGAACGAUUCCGCAAAGGCCUUCGCCGGAUUUUCGCCUUCGAAAGCGCAAGACGUAAGAGCGAAAUCUCGAGCGGGCGAAUUUUCUCGGAUACUGGAAACAGAAUGUCAGACAAUCAAUCGGUACCAUUGACUCUUAUUGCAUCCAGAAGUCUCUCAAGAGACCUCGCCCGCAUCUCACCUCCACAUCUUAAAGCUAGGGCGAAUUCAAAUCGUAUUUAAACUUAAGGGGAAACACUUGGGCGAUACAUAUAUUAGACUUCUUAUCAAAGCCUGAAACAACUUCUGGCCUGAUCUUAGUCAGGGCACGGCUAACUCACAGAUCGAACCCUGAAACAACCUCUGGGCUGAUCUAAGUCAGGCCAUGGCUAACUCACAGAUAGAACCCCGAAACAACCUCUGGGCUGAUCUAAGUCAGGGCAUGGCUAACUCACAGAUCGGAUUGUUUUUUGUGGAGAAAGGAAAAACCCCCGAUUCAAAGGGGAUACCAAACAGCUUCCACAAUCCUUCAUAAGAGUGAGAACGUAUAGCAUAACCUACGUGAUUGUUAGAUUCAAAUCAACGCAAUCGAGCGACAAAAAUAUAAUAACCAUAAUGACUAUAAAGAAAAGAAAUCCGAAAAAAAAAAGAAUAUUAAAAUAUAUUUAGUUCAGAUUACAUGUUUGAUUACGAGGAAAAAAUAAUAAUUGAAUAAAGUUUGAAUGACGCUCUUAGGAUUCUGAAUCUAUUGUCCAACGCUAUUCGUUUUUAUCUUUUAUUUUUGUAUUUCAUUCCCAUACUGUUUUGAAAAAGAUAGCGUUAUAAAACAGAAUCAUUUGAA